GUUUGCAAAGCCAGCGACUUUUAUUUUUGUUGAUAUAGAUGUUGAAAAACCCAGACUUGAUUUUGAUAUUUGGUUCAGGGAAGGGAUCUUGUUCUAUGAAAUUGGUUAUUUUACCUAACAUUCAUUCUAAGGCCUUGAAAGGAAGAAGCUAAGCAAUGAUAUUCUAUUAGAACCUUUCAGAAUCCCAUUUGUUUAAAGUAAUAAGACUUCAAUCAAAAUUAAAGCACCUUACAACUAGGAAUAUCGACAAACAUGAGAAGAAGAAGUACAAUUCAUGUUGGGAUACUUUUUGAGAUCCCAGGUCCUAAUAUGCAAAGCAUUCUUUUAUAAGUUUCAACUCAAGAAAACAUUAUCCUUAUCUAUCCUAGUUUGAAUACCCAAUUUGAAAACAAGAUCCAUACCUAUACGUUCUUUUGAAACCUAUAUAAAACAUGCAGAAAGAUAAUUAUCAAUGUCAUAAUAUUAAUCUAUUUAGGUUACAGGAACAAUGGCUAAGAAACAAUUUCAGUCUUUUGUGGUAGGCCACUUUCCUCUGUUAAAUGAUGGGGGAUAUGGUGAUACAUUGACAAAUGCUUGUAUACUUAUUCAUGAUUAUUAAUGCCUUUAAGGCCGCAAGUUACAAAUUUAUCUUUUACAAAUCAGCAUUUUGAUGUUACAGGAGAUAUGCUCAUUCUGUCCUAUCAGAUGAUUUUGUUUUGCUUAGAAGUACUGAAUUUAAAGGUUGGUUUUGGUGCAUGCAGUGCUGAGCAGGAAGGAAUAAAAGUUAAUCCCAUUGAAUUGAGUCAAUUUCUUGAUUUUAUCAAACAAAAUAAACUCCGGACUCACAGCUUCAUUAUUGGGCCAAACCAAUGUAUGAUGGCUCAAUUGGCUCGGCAUCUCGUGCUAUGUUGUCUGUUGAUCAACUUGUAUGGCAACUGGGUCGAAGAAAUCUUUAACCUCAUUUUCCACAAUGUGGGCUCACCAUGGGGCAUUCCGUUUGGGUGAAGCUAAAUUACAUUAGCAGCGUAAAGUUCCUAGAGUAAAUUCCCCUCUGACUUAAUACUAGGUUCGCCUUGUAGGAUUAUUAAAUCACUUAAUGCAGGUGUUAUGUG